AUGGUAAAUAUGGACACAAAAGAGAUUGUCGAGGAGACCCGCUACGUGGCACUGACACAUGAUACUCUUGAUGCAAAACCCAUAAUGGACCGUGUGCGAAGUCCAAAAGCCGGUGCAAUAGUCCUCUUUGCCGGUACUACAAGAGACAACUUUGCCGGAAAAUCGGUGAAGGAGUUGCAGUACACUUCGUACGAACCUCGUGCACUGCAAAGUAUGCUAGCGAUAUGCAAUGCUGUUCAAGAGAAACACUCCCUCACAGCGAUCGCAAUGAUUCAUCGAUUGGGUGUUGUACCUGUUGGAGAAGAAAGCAUCCUAAUUGCAGUCUCGUCACCCCAUCGCCAAGCGGCUUGGAGGGCUGGUGAAGAGGCUUUAGAAGAAUGCAAAGAGAAAGUUGAGGUGUGGAAAAAGGAAGAAUUCGGUGGAGAAGAAGGUGGUGUUUGGAGAGCGAAUCGAGACGGUGCUGUCGGCGUACGUAUCGACAAUGACCAAAAUCUUAAUUCGCCGGCUCCUGGUCCUCAUGGACCAGUAUUACGUCCAGGACGGCUUGGAGAAAGAGGACAUGGAGCAGUUGUCAAUCCUCGGAAUCAGAACCAAAACUCCUAA